AUGAUUAUCAUUGACACUCUGAUUCGGAGUGAGCACAAACUAAUCUUUGGUCUUGACAACGUCCACUCAGACCUAUGCAUAGGCGAGUUCCACGUUACGUUAGAAACCCCGUAUUUCAAUGACCAUGCUGCCGAUCUUGCCAUUGCUCAUUUGAUGUACACUAUAUCAGCUUUGACUUCCCGCAGAAUAUCUCAUCGGUUAGUGUCGCUCCCAAACGAUAACGGCACUGUGUUUAUCUUGGCAUCAGGAAACGGUGAUGAAGAGUUCUGGUACACUGUCCGUUCCGCGAGUGUUGAACUGCUCAUCGAUGAAAACCUUGCGGGUAUCUCAUGGCCAUAUCCAAUUCUCUUCACCGGUGGUGUUGACCCUGGUCUGUGGAGGCUUAUUGCAAGCAAUGAUGCCUACGAGUUACCAUCGUUUGAAGUGGACAUUACCCCGUCGCUCGCACUGCUCUGUAAUGGCCAUGUCCAUACAUUUGGCUUAAAGGUUGUUGAGUUUGAGAGCUCCGCGGAAGAGCACGUCGGAACAGUUGGCGACAAUUGGUAUCUGUGUUUGUAUGGAUUGACAAAGACGGAAAACAUACUACUGGAAGUAGCAUUGAAAAUCAUGUCCCAGAGCCGUCGUUCUCAUUUUCUCCUGAACUCACAACGGUGA